AUGCAAGUACGUCGUAUCGCCUCACGCGACAAAAACAAAAUCAUUGAUGACAACAACAUAUAUUUGAUAGAGAACACACCGAGAACAUCGUUGUCAACCGCAGUAACCAUCCAUGUAUUCAAGAGAAAAGUUAUUCCUGAUCUACCAGUUCUAUAUAGAUUGUCAGAUUGGGUAUUUUUGUACAAGACUGAAAGAGAUGGUAUCUCAAUGAAAACAAUGUAUGCAAAGACCUAUUCAUUUAAGGGAAAAUAUGGUUUGUGGUUAGACAGAACAUCAUCUCGAAGUGAAACAUUUGAUAAUGAUUCACUUGCAAACGAAGAAGACUUCAAAUGUGUUGGAAUGGAGAUUUGGGGAUUUGUUUAA